GCUUAACUUAGAAGUUUAUUGAACGCCGAAAAAAUUACCACAAAGAAGUUACCAAAUCAGCACAGGUUGUUUAACACUUUUUAUUCGUGUAAACCCAAAUUAAUCGUUACCGUUGAUUAAUCACGGGUACACACUUAUCGGCCAUCGCUAUCUCUAGAUUCUAUCGAUGAUAAUGCCACCACAGUGCACAACAGUUUGCGAAAAAUUCGUGUAAAAAUUCCUAUUGAUUGAUAAAUUGUGCAGUUGAAGUAAGUCCAAUUGGAAAUUUAAUAACUGCGCUGCCUGUGCCGCGUUAUGCAUUAAUGUGUGCACUCAAUUUGCUGGCUGUGGUGGCUGUCUAAAGCUUGCAAAACGUUGUCAAACCUGCUGCUGUAUUUGUGUCUCAUUUGGGCCGUUUUCCACCUACGCUGCGGCAGCAACGUUGACGCGACGAUAAACGAGCCGAAGCGCGUGUGGCAGGCGGGGGGCACAGCUGAGCUAGCAGUUUGUUUAGUUAAGCGUGGAAAUAAACAAACAGAUUUGUCGCAAUCGCGAACGCAGCCUGGCUGGCAGUCAGUCAACGGGCGUGGCUAGCUUAUACCAAAAGUAAUUCGACGACCGCUGGGUGUGGAGGCAGCAACAAGUUGACGGCUAUGGAAGAGGUAACGCUUACGGAGCCCGAGACACGUUUCUAUGGUGAACUGUUUCAAUGCUGCGACGUGGAGAACACCGGCAAGGUGCCCAUGCUGAAAGCAACCGAACUCUUUCGCUCAGCGGACAUUGCCAACGAGACGGUAAUUGAGAUCACAUCAUUGGCUGGAAUACCCGCAACCGCUUUGCACAUCUCACGCGCUCAGUUUUAUUCGUGCCUCAAGCUAAUUGCCGCCCACCAGGCAGCGGUGCCAUUGCGUCAGGAGCUGAUUGCCGCCACGGUGCCAUUGCCAUUGCCGCAUUUUGGCUGGAAAGACGCUGCUACAGCGCCAGCGAGUACCUGUGAAAAUGGCCUGGGUGCGCUGCCGCCGCCACCACCCACCGAUCGUCGUAACUCGCUGCGCCGCAAUUCUCAGCAGCAGCAGCAACAACAACAACAGCAGCUGGAACAGUUACAGGACACCUCGGAUGUGCCUAGCACCGAUUCCGAAGUCGAGCAAAACGAAUCCAGCGGUGGCGGCGAUUUUGAUGAGCUGGCGGGCGCUGAUGUUGUCGUCAGCAACAGCAGCCGCGAAACACGUCGACGUGGCGUAGGCCCUGGUGGCUCACCGGAGGCGUGGAGCACUAACAGUGAUAGCCCCACGCCCACCAACAGCGUGGCAGAGCGUCCCUGGGCUCAGGAUACGUUGUGGCAGGGCUUACUCGGUGACGAGCAUCGCCAGCUGUUGGGCACCGAGGAGGAGUCCUCGGAUCGUCACAGCAGCGACGAUGAUGACAACGAAAGCGAACUGAUUACGCUGUAUCAAAUCACGCCCGAGCAACGCGAAUAUUACAACAAGCAGUUCAGAGCUGUGCAGCGUGAUCCGCACGGACUGCUCUCCGGUCAGGCUGCGCGGAUCUUCUUUGAGAAAAGCCGCAUUCCUGUCGAGGAGCUACGCCAUAUCUGGCAGCUGUGCGACGUGACACGCGACGGUGCGCUUAGUCUAUCCGAAUUCACAGCUGCCAUGCAUCUGGUUGUGUUGCGUCGCAAUAAUAUACCAUUGCCUAGCAGCCUUCCUCAUUGUCUGCAUCCCAAUGUGCUGGCUAAGUCAACGACAUCGUUGUCGUCAUCAUCAACGGCGCACAUACCUCAAGAGCCGCCUGAGGCUGAUCUCCUGCAUUUGAAUGAUGACGACGAAGAUGAACACACUGACAAUACAAUCAUAAGUAGCUCGCAAGCGAAGCCACGUCCCUUGCCCAAUGACAAGAACAUUAUGAAUCUGAGCAGCAUCUCGACCUCGUCGCAAGCCAGCAACAGUAGCUCUCGACGUGAAGUGACCACAACAACGACAUCGCCCGUGCUUAAGAAUCGCAGCAUUUCCAAUUCGCCAAAUGUGGAAAAACCAACAGGAGCGACUGCAACAACAACAGCGGUAGCUAAUGCUGCUGCUGGAACAACUAACGAUGCCAGUCAAUGGACCAAAUUUAGCGAAUCUCCCACAACGACAUCGACAGCAACUGGAGCUGCGGCAGUUGGUGCAGCCGGCACAGCGGCAGCUGCUGUUCCUGCCGUUUCUAGUCCCGGCCUCAAACCAGCGCUGUUCGAUAUGAAACGCACUGCCCAGGAUGUGGUCUCAAAUCCGCAAAUAUUGCAUCCCGUGCCGCUGCGUGUGACGCCCAUAGGCACAGCCAUCGCCGCAGCCGCUGAUCAAUCAAGUCAGCAGUCUACAAACGAUAUGGACGGAGUUGUUGUGCUGCGCGAGGAGAGUCCCAAGGCCAUGGCAACGACAACAACAACAACAACAACAACGACUACAGCACAAAACAAUCAAACUGGAACGCAUCGCGAUCGCGACUCCAUCUCGAUGCAAAGCAGUGAUCUACGCGCCAUACAACGUCCCCAGGCCAAAAAGCUGCCAGCGAAGAAUAUUGGUGCCUUGCCGCCGCCGCCGCAGCGUGAGCCAAGCAUUGGCUCCAUUGGUGUCAAUGAGCCGCCGGAGCAGGCGGCGCCAUUACCACUAAGUUAUGCAUCAAGCACAGCUUCUGCCAAAAAGGAGCCACCGCCUUUGCCGCCGCCACGACCCCAUCGACAUGCGCGCAGCAGUAGCUUAGAUUUGAACAAGUUUAAAAUUGGCACAGCCGGUGGCCAACAGCCCGAGAUAACCGCGCAAGCCAGCUUCGAUAUGCAAACCUCAGCGGGUUUUGCCGAUUUCACUCACUUUGCCGACGACGCGAAUGUUCUGGACGCCAGCAACAACAGCAGCAGCAGCAGCAAUAGCGCCAAUGCCACAUCCGCUGCUGCUGGUGCCACAGCCGAGCAGCAACAGCAUUCACUGCCGCCGGCACCACCGCCGCCCGCUUUUGUGCCGCCCAUGCGCAUGACGCUGCAGACGCAACAGCGAGUCUCUGCUUUUGAGGUCUACCGCAAGCCGCAGACGCCGGCCCCAGCACUGGCUGCAGCAGGAUCGUCUUCGUGCACGGCUGCCGCUCAGCUGCCCAGCGCCGAUAACUUUGAGAAGCGUGUGACCGCCAUCAGCGAUUCGUUGCGUCAUGUCUCCUUUAAGCAGAAUCAAACUAGCACCACGGAGCUGCUGCAGCGGCUGCGUGAGCAAAACAAUUCGCUGCUGCAUCUGUGCAACGAUCUCAGCGACGAGCUGCUGAGCGUGCAGACGCGCAAGGAGGAGAUGCGUCUCAAGCUGGAAAGUUUUGCGGCAGCCGGUGCAGCUGGCGGUGAUUCCAGCGGUGCAGCACCCGCACGCACUGGCUCCUCAAUAUCAGCGCCGAUGACGGCCAAUGUGACUGGCGGCUCCUCCGGCUCAGCCGGUGCCUAUACAAAUGUUUAAGCAGCGUUUUUGUUGUUUCUGUUUGUUGCAUGCAGCGCAUAUAACACACAUCUAUUUAGAAGAGCAGACGAAUUUUUUUCAGCACGCUGCUUAUUAUUAUGUUUCGCUAAUUUAAUUGUAGGCUAGUUAAAUCUCAAUUUUAAAAAUGAAUGAAAAGUAAAUUUGUCAUGCAAGCAACAAUAACAAUAACAAUAAUGCCGCCUCUAUAUAUACAUAUUUAUGCAGAUCAAUUUAUGUAUACUUCUCUUUAGCGCACACAGAGCUAAUGGAACUAAUUGUUAAACGUAAAUGUGUAAAUGUAAAUGAGAAAUGUUCGCUUUAUAAACAAACAAACGAAAUGAAAAAAAAAACAAAACACUGCUCCCUAGAUGACAUGCAUCCACAAAGUGGCGUCAAUCGUAUUUGAAAAGUGCAACACUCAUAAAGCAUUUGUUUGGCUGAUAGAAAAAAAAAACACACACACCAUUUUUCAAUCUUUGCUAUAUUACAUUUAGUAUGCCCAAAGGCAAUAAAUCAUUAUUUAUUAACUAUUAAUUUUGAAUAACUCGAAACCUGGCUCCACCGGGAAAUACAAGUCCUCGACCUUCUCAUUCAUUCCGGCAAUGAAAAACAAAAUUAUAAUGUUGUGCUAAAAGUUGUAACUUUCGUAAGCCAGGCUUAAAUGUUUAAGUAUUAAAAGAGUUAAAAUUUAUUAUGAAAACAAAAAGAAAAAUAUUAUAAAACACAUGCAAACCAAUUUCAUUUCCUUUAAAGCUUAGCUUAGGUUUAGUAAUUUUUCAAAACUAUUUUCUAUGUAUACACAAAUUGAUAUUAUGUAAAUUUAUCAAAUUUCUUUAGGCAUUUGUAAAAAGUUACAAAACAAAUG